AUGGCGACCGCGAACCGCAUGGCUGUGCUCGCCCACCCACACGAGCUGAACGACAUUCAACGCACGCAAACCUCUGACACCGGCCUGCCUGUCGAGGGCGAGAAAAAGGAGGACUCGGUGUACGCCGACAAUGUCACCCCUCUGCAGGUGACGGAUACACCGCUCAAGUACCGCUUGAUCGCGCUGUCGUGCAUCCUGUUCUUCACGACCGGCGCGGCGUUCGCGGAGAGCACCCUCGGCCCGCUCAAGAGCACGUUUGUGCGCGAGCUCAAGAUCAAUAAUGCCCAGUUCGCAUCGAUCAGCACGGCGAGCAACCUCGUCAACACCAUGCUGCCGCUCAUCGGCGGCACAGUCAUGGACUACUACGGGAGCAUCUACGGCGCGAUCGGCGCAUGUUUCUUCACCGUCCUCGGAUCAGCGAUUGCGGCGGGAGCGGCGAGCUCCAACAACUACCAACUGCUGAUUGGCGGUCGUAUCGUCAUGGGCCUCGGUUCCAUCGUCCUCGAGAUCUGCCAGAGCAAGCUAUACGCGCACUGGUUCAGCGGCAGCUGGCUGGCUACGGUCAUCGCCCUUGACUUGGCGUGGAAUUCCGUCACGGUCGUUAUCGCGCGCGUCAGCGCUGUCCCCAUGUCCCGCCUCGGCGGGUGGUACGGCUGGGCGCUGUGGAUCCCCAGCAUCGUGUGCGCGGCGUGCACGCUCAUCGUCAUCGCGUAUCUCGUCUUCGAGCGGCGCGUCGUGCCCCAGCGCUACCGCCCCAUCACGGGCCGGCAGGUGCAGCAGCAGCGCAUUGCGGCAGGGCUCGCGACACAGGAGGGCGUCGUCGCGCGCAUGCGCACGAGCGUGCUCAACGUCCUCCGCCUCCCCGUCUUCUACCUCAUCCUCGCCGGCACGCACCUGUUCCAGAACUCGGCGCGUACCGUGUACUCCGCCAACCUCACCGACAUACAGGAACGCACGCGCGGCACCACCGCCCUCACUGGCGGAUACUAUUCUUCGCUGCUCAACGUCAUUGUUAUCGUCGUCGUGCCGCUCCUCGGUAUGUUCUUCGACAAGGUCGGAUGGCGCAUGCCCUUCGUCUCGUUCGGAGCCGCGAUUUACGUCGUCGCCUUCGCCCUCAUCGGCCUGACCAAGGUCAACGCCAUCGCGCCCAUCCUCCUCGCGUCCUUCGGCCUCUCCCUCAACGUGCUGCCAUGGAUCGCGUCUUUCCCCAUCCUCGUCCCCGACCCUACGCUCAUCGGAACGGCAUACGGCCUCUUCUCAAGUUUGAUCGCCUGCAACAACGUCAUUCUCGAGGUCGCUUGCGGCGCCAUCCAAGACGCGACGCCGGGGCAGACGUACGACCGCGUCAUCUACGUCCUCAUCGCCAUCAAGGCGUGGCAGGUGCUUGAAGGGCCCGUGUUCGACUGGCUUGACGGGCGCAUGCUUGGCCACACGUUGCGGAUGAGCGAGAAGAAGCGCCUCAAGUUUGACGAGGAGCGCGAGGCCACAGGUCAGGAGCUGCCAGGUCUCAAGCGAUACCGACCCGUCACCAUCAUCGUGGCGUGCCAGUAUGUCUCCAUGGUCAUCAUUUCGUGGGUGCUUUUCUUCAUCUACUCGAUGUAG